AACGAUUCGGUCACACCCUAACGAGCUAGCAUUCAACUUUAGUAGACAUCUGUUUAAAAAUUAACUAGAAAAAUGAGCAACGAAGCGGCGAAAGCGCAAAUCUCCCAGGAGAAAAUUGUGGCCCGGUUCCAACAGCUGCGGAACGAACAAAGAAAUUUGGCCAACAGCCUCAAUACGUUGGAAAUGGAUCUGCGUGAACACAAAACUGUGAUAGAAACCCUUAAUUCGGCGGAUCCAGAACGUAAGUGCUUCCGUCUCAUUGGCGGAGUGCUGUGCGAACGCACCGUCAAAGAUGUACUGCCCCAGUUGGUGGAGAACAAGGAUUUCAUGGCGAAAACAAUUACAAUGGUCACCGAAGAACUGAGCAAAAAAGGCUCCGAAAUCAAUAAAUUUAAGGAAGAGCACAACAUCAAGAUUCGUGGCGAACAAAUUGGCACCGACGGCUCCUCGAAGGCAUCCGAGGCGGAAAGCGCCACCAAAGCGGAAAACCGUAAUGUGCUUGUGUCCAACUAACAUCUCUAAGAACAUAAAGAAGAGCAUAAGCCAAAAUGAAGAGAAGAACGAGGCGUAUUUAUUGUGGUUCACGAAUGCAUUGAUUGAUUCUAAUGUUAUAUGUAAUUUUAGCUAUUAAGGCGCAGUUCGACACCAACAUCAUCAACACCUACUCACACACACACUAAUUAAUGCCUUGAUUCCAACUACAAAGCAGAGAGACGAGACACCAAAUUCAUACAGCCAGAGAUAUAGUCACGGGUUUCGCAUUUGCUUUAUUGUUCUUCGAUAUAGUCACGCGAUUUGCAUAUUCUGAAUUUUUCCUCGAGUAGUGCUUUAUAUAUACGCGAGUCAUUUUGAAAUGAUUGAAUUGUGCACUUGUCAGUAAAACUUAAAUUUAGUUUUCUGCGCAAUUUAUUCUUGUAUACAAUUUAUCUGUAUAUGUCAAAACAAAAGAGAUGAGAUACUAAAUGCAUUUGUAAUGUACAUGAAGCAAUAUAAAUUAUCAAUAUCUACUUAAAACUCCGAGUAGCAUAAUAUUUGAAGAAACUAUAUUAGCUUUGAAUAAUAUGUACAAUUCUGCAUACAGUAAAGUGUUGAAUGUAAUUUUAGUAAUACCAUAAAAGUGAUCGAAUUUUCCAGAAUAUUCGGCUCAAGAAAAUCUCUUGCAUUUUAAAAAUUUGUGGUAUAUUCAACAUUUGUUUAAACUGAAUUGAUAAAUUGAAAAUGUAUCUUAAAGCAAUACAACAACUAAGUCGAAGUCUCUCGGUCUGUCUUAAGGACCUUCGCACAUCGAUAUUUGCAAUCAAGGCAUUAUUUUACAUUCAUUCGCCCAUCGAAAUCCCCUCAUUUAACACAGCCUCAACCACACAGUCUUACACACACUUAACAACAACACGCCCACGUUGAAGUCCGGCUAACAAUUAAACAAGAAAACGAUAAAGAAA